AUGGCCCUAUCAACAGUUCUUCUCAUUGUUGGCCUUGGCCUUGAAGCCACUGCACUCCCUGCCAGCACUGGCAUGAAAAACAUCAAAAAUGUCGUUGUCCUCGUACAAGAGAACCGCUCGUUUGACACACUAGCGGGCGGAUUCACCUACAACUCUGCGAUUGACGGUUUAGUUAAUAACGCCUAUUGCAAUUUAGCCAAUGUCUCGGUUCCAACCUCGGAGAAUGUUUGCGCAGCUGGAAUUGCGAAGAACAUAGCCUCCGAUGACCCCGACCAUACAAUUACUGGUGGAAACAUGCAGGUCUUUGGUACCUACCAUCCCACUGCAAAUGCCAAAUCGUCAAUGGGUGGCUUUGUCACCGAGCAGAGCUAUAAAUAUGGCCUACAGGACAACAUGAUGGAGGCUGCUGAAGUAAUCAAUUACUAUAAGCCAGAUCUAGUCCCAGUGACAGAGGCCAUGGCAGAGAACUAUGUAUUGUUUGAUAGGUGGUUUGCAGCCGUCCCAGGUCCCACCAACCCCAACCGAGCAUAUUUGACUUCAGGAAGUGUUCAUGGCCACGGGUCCAAUGACAAUGCAUACAUGACCUCAAUGCUACCUCAAACAUCCAUCUUCGAGCAGUUGACCGAGCAUAACAUCACCUGGAUAAACUACCAGAAUACCACAGGGCAUGGAUCCUCGAGUUUCCUACCUGACGCACUUUUCUAUCAAUGGACCGCCCAAUCAGGCAUGGGAGACACGAAUGUCCUUCCGAUCGCCAAAUUCUACGAAGACGCGAAGAAUGGAAACCUGCCUCAAUUCACUUGGAUCAAUCCCGAAUGCUGCGAUUAUAUGUCCAUGCACCCAAAAUCACCCAUCAAUAUGGGCGAGAAUUUCAUGAAGAGUAUCUACGAUGCCAUCCGUGGUUCACCCCAGUGGAAAGAUACUCUUUUUAUAAUCACUUGGGACGAGCACGGAGGAUUCGCUGACCAUGUCGCUCCUCCCACCGGUGUUCCUGCUGGUGACAAUAUCCCGUAUACCGAGCAGGCUCCGGAUGGAAAAAACUAUACUUUCCAUUUUGAUCGUCUCGGUAUUAGGGUUCCGGCAAUGUUGAUUUCACCUUGGGUGGAAAAGGGGGUGGUGCAGAAUAAGCCUAGUUCGGGGGAUGGGGAUUUCACACAUACUUCUAUUUUGAAGUUUAUAUCGGAGCUUUGGAGUCUGCCGACUUUAGGUCCGCGGGUUGAUUGGUCGCCUUCUUUUGGGAAUUUGAUUACCAACAAGUUCCGAGAUGAUACCCCGGAGACGAUGCCGAAUGCUGCAGGCUACUAG